AGAUAUCUGUGUAGAACUUUAUAAUUCAAAAGAUUUCACAAAUUCUGUGUCAUGUACUCAUACUUGCAGACAGAGAGCGAAAAAGGGGGACGGGCGCUCGGAAUCAAGAUGUCUUCCCGCGAGAUUUAAGAACUUGUGCGAAUGCCACGUCUCGGCUAGCAGCUAGCAUAGCUACAGGUAGGAUACAUCCUCCGAAGCGAAGCUGCGUCCUGUUUCUCCGACGCGGAAAAGACAAACAAACUUCCAGGCAACCGGUGCACCAUUGGUAAGUACAAUGGAGCGCCCACAUCUGAUGGUGACACUGGCCACAUUUGCUUUCGUGCUGUUGUUUGCCUCGCGCCUGAGCAACGCUCACAGCCACUCGCACGACCACGAUCAUGGCCACCAUCACGGCCACGCUCACGGAGAUGAGCAUCAUCACCACGGACACUCGCACGGAGAUGAAGACCAUCACCACGGCCACUCACACGGCCCGGAGGUGAAGAUGUUCCACGGCGCCAGCAAAUGGAGCGCCGAGGCCAACCUGCCGACGGAGGAGGAGGUGGUGCAGGAGCACCACGAGCACAUGCACGAUCACGUGCAAAAUGAUGACGCCGAUGACCAGGGUAAUGACAAUGAUGAUUUCCAGAAUGAUAACGAACAGACAGAUGAUGACUUGCAGCAAAAUGAUGAGCAAGUUCAAAGCAAUGAUCAGGGUCACGCCGAUGAGUUUUUCAGUGACCAAGAACCAGCCGAGGACCUUGAUUACCUUGAUGACCGUGGUCAUGACGAUGACCAUGAAUAUGUCAGUGACCAAGAGCAGAUUGAUGACUAUGGUCAGGCCGACGACGAUUCUGACGCCGAUGAGCGCGCCGAUGAGCGUGCUGAUGACCAUCUGCAAGCCGAUGACCAAGAGCAUGUUGAUGAUGCGCACACCAGUGACCACACUCAUGCCGAUGAUCAUGUGUAUGCCGAUGACCACGAACACACCGAUGACCACGAACACACCGAUGACCUUACGCGUGAAGAUGAAUUAGACCAUACUGAUGACCAAGAACAGGUUGAUGAUGAGCAUACCGGUGACCACGUCCACACCGAUGAGCGUGAAGAAGACCUCGGCCAUCAGGAGCAGGCCGACGACCUCGUACAAAGCGAUGCCGAUGACCAAGAGCAGAUUGAUGAUGAGCACACCGGUGACCACGUCCACACCGAUGAGCACGAAGAAAACCUCGGCCAUCAGGAGAACCAAGAGCAGGUCGACGACCACAUACGAAGCGAUGCCAACGAUCACGGGCGAGACGGUGAUGAUGCCGAUGAGCGCACUCGCGCCGAUGACGACGGCCAUGGACAUGACCAUGCGCACGCUGAUGACCAUGGUCAUUCGCACCACCACCAUGGAGACCAUGCGCACGGGCCUGACUGGUUCACAGCUGAAGGGCUGGGGAUUGACGACGAGGAGAGAGACACGAUGGAGCUGUGGACGCAGGCCAUCUCCGCCACGUUGCUGAUUAGCGCCGCGCCGUACCUCAUCCUUUUCCUCAUCCCAGUUCAGUCCAACAGCGACAAGCACCAGAACCUGCUCAAGGUCCUGCUGAGCUUUGCAUCAGGAGGCCUGCUAGGCGACGCUUUCCUUCACCUCAUUCCACACGCUCUGGCACCGCACUCGCACCACGGCGCCAACACGGGGGCCGCCGAGAAAUCACAUGGCCACGGCCACUCGCACGGCAUCGCUCAUGAUAACAUGAUGUCAGUGGGCCUGUGGGUGCUGGCCGGCAUCGUGGCCUUUUUGAUCGUGGAGAAGUUUGUGCGCUUUAUGAAGGGAGGCCACUCGCACGGACACUCGCACGAUGUCAAGGAGAAGGACAGUGACGGUGAAGAGAAGGCACCCAAAAAGGUGGAGGAGAAGAGUGCCGACAUCAAGGUGUCUGGCUACCUGAACCUGGCGGCCGACUUCACUCACAACUUCACGGACGGCCUGGCCAUCGGCGCGUCUUUCCUCGUUAAUCCAGCAGUGGGCGCCAUCACCACCGUGACCAUCCUGCUGCACGAGGUGCCGCACGAGAUCGGAGACUUUGCCAUCCUGGUCCAGUCCGGAUGCACCAAGAGGAAGGCCAUGUAUCUGCAACUGCUGACCGCCUUGGGAGCGCUGGCCGGCACCGCCUGCUCGCUGCUGGCCGAAGGCGUGGGCGCGGCCGCCACCGCUUGGAUCCUGCCCUUCACGGCGGGCGGCUUUGUUUACAUCGCCACAGUGACUGUCCUCCCGGAGCUCCUGGCCGGCCGCUCCAGUUUCGGCCAGUCGCUGAUGGAGAUUCUGGCGCUGUUGUUCGGCGUCGGCAUGAUGGUUCUGAUCGCCGAGUACGAGUGAAAGAAGUGAACGUGCUUUUUCUUUCCUUGUCGUCACCUUUGUUUUAGUCUUUUGUGGGGCAAAAGCUGUGUUUGGUGGAGGAGCAUCAGCUGAUGAACACAUCAGGAGAGGAAUGACUUUCUCACACGCACACGUUGUUUUUGUUCAAAGUAGCUGUUUGCUCUAAAGUGGAUGGAUUCUUUUAUGUAUUGUAAGAGGUCAAAGGUGGAGCUUCAGAUAUGACAUGGGGAAAAUCUUUUUAAGGAACUGGUGUACUGUGCCGACGAAAUAACUUGUGGCACUUAAGCACAAAUACACGUUUCUGUAAACAAGGUAAAGUUUGUGAACAGUCAUUUUUGUUUUGACAAUGGCAUGUUGCAGUUUUGAAAAAGAUGUGCACCGUUUGCCCAUUUGUCCACAAAGUACUUAUUUUACUUUAUUACUUAUUUUUUGACCACAAAUGAUCCCUUAUGUGCUAAUUCUCGCGCGGUUACGAUUAUUUUUGGUUUUAAACCCCCACCUCCAUGUCAUGGUUGGGUUGCUGUGUAAAAUGAUCGAGUGAUUGCAGGGAAGUAGAUUUUUUUUGUUUAUUAGCAACUGUGAAAUCAAACCACAACACAAUUGUACACAACUGUGACCAGUAAUAAAGGGUGAUAAGAUA